AUGUCCUACGGUUCUAAAGCUGGAGAAAGACUUGCUAACAAAGUUGUAUUGAUUACUGGAGCUUCUUCUGGUAUUGGGGAAGCCACUGCUAAGGAUAUUGCUGCUACCACCAAUGGAAAAAUCAAAUUAAUCUUAACUGCAAGAAGAAAAGAGAAAUUAGAUAAACUUUCCAGCGAUUUGAAAGAUCAAUAUUCUGACAUUGAAGUUUUACCAGUUGAAUUGGAUGUUUCCAAAUUGGAAACUAUCAAGCCAUUCAUUGGGGGACUUCCAAAAGAGUUCGCUGAUAUUGACGUUUUAGUCAACAAUGCUGGUUUGGCUUUAGGGAGAGAUCCUGUUGGAACUAUUUUAGAAUCUGAUAUUGUCACUAUGUUCCACACUAACGUUUUAGGUUUAAUAACUUUGACUCAAGCAGUGUUACCAAUUAUGAAAGCCAAAAAUUCCGGUGAUAUCAUCAACCUUGGUUCAAUUGCUGGUAGAGACCCUUACCCAGGUGGAGGUAUUUAUUGCCCUACCAAGGCAAGUGUUAAAUCAUUCUCUCAUGUUUUGAGAAAAGAAUUAAUCUCCACUAAAAUCAGAGUCAUUGAAAUUGAUCCUGGUAAUGUUGAAACCGAAUUUUCAAAUGUUAGAUUUAAAGGUGACUUGGAAAAGGCCAAACAAGUUUAUGCUGGUACUGAACCUUUAUAUGCUGAAGACAUUGCUGAAUUCGUCGUUUUCGCUAUCACCAGAAAACAAAAGACUGUAAUGGCAGAAGCAUUGGUAUUUUCCACCAAUCAAGCUAGUGCUACUCACUUGCAUCGUGAUUCAUAG